AUGUCUACCGUAUAUCUAGAUCAGGUCCUCAAAAUUUUGGAAAGUUCAAAACCUUUCCGAAAAACUAUGACCGGAGUCGCCAAGCAAACUGGAUAUGCAGCAGCUGGAACUGCAGCUGGAGGACUUCUGAUGGGACCAAUCGGAGCACUUGCUGGAGGUGUCUUAGGGGUAGUCUAUGGUUACCAGUGCAGUGCAAAUUACGAUAAUCUCAUAUGUUCACUUCGCUCCUUAAUUUUGGAAAGUUCAAAACCUUUCCGAAAAACUGUGACCGGAGUCGCCAAGCAAACCGGAUAUGCAGCAGCUGGAACUGCAGCUGGAGGACUUCUAAUGGGACCAAUCGGAGCACUUGCUGGAGGCGUUAUAGGGGUAGUCUAUGGUUACCAGAGCAGCACAAAUUACGAUAAUCUCCUAUGUUCACUUCGCUCCUUGUCUGACAAGGAGAAGACAUUAAUCAGUGGUCAAAUUCAGCGCCUUGUAGGAUCUACGGCUAUCGAGGAGCUCAUUCGGUACAUAUCAACGAAACGACAUCGGAAACUCCUCUUUGGUAUUUUGUCAGAUUUCGUUCGCCAUAGAACCCCGUAA